GAGCAUAAACGCCGCGCGGUUGUCCCUCUUUCUAUUUCAAUGCCGCUGAAGCUGAGAGCGAAGCUGAGAGCGACUCUUCUCCAAAUCGCAGCUCGGUAGCCCCCCACACCACGCACCGGCGACAGAGAGGAGUGAGAGAGAGACAGACCACCGCAGCCUCCUCUCAGAAGGAUAAUAACCUUUUAAUUUCACAUUUUCGCUUCGCGUGGCCAAGUUGUCGUUAAGUAGAGCUUCUGGUCCGACUUUGAUGGGAUUUUUGCAGCUGUGUAAACUGAAGAAACGGCUCGGCGGCGUUAUAUAAGGCGAAAACGUACAGAGGAGAUGAGAUCGAGGGCAUAGCGGCACAAUAAUCGCAUGUGCUGCAUCUCCAUCAUGGGGAGUCACCAUGAGGGUGCUGAGCCGGUGCAAGUGGAGCCCAUGCCUGGAUACCUGGAGCUCAUCAUCAAGGCAUCUUCAUCCAUGUUCAGCGCAUGGAGGGACUGUAGUGCCUGUGGGCUGGAGUUCUCCAAAAGGACUCUCCUGGAUAACGCGUAUAUCACGUGGAUUGAAAUCUUCCUCUUCUUCUUCUGCGCCUUUUUGUGGACCCAGGUCCGGCGGGGACUGACAGAAAGUCUGUUCCAGCCUUUAGCACAGAGGUGGAGGCUGCUGCCCAAAGAUGCUGCCAAGAUGCCAGAGAGCGCGUGGAAGCUGGUCUUCUACACCAUGUCAUGGUCUUACAGCUCUUAUCUGCUCUUCUUCAGUACCUACUCCUUUUUUCACGACCCACCCUCUGUUUUCUACAACUGGAAGAGUGGGAUGUCAGUGCCUCUAGACAUUGCCAUUGCCUACCUGAUACAGGGCAGCUUCUAUGGCCACUCAAUCUACGCCACAGUCUACAUGGACGCUUGGAGGAAGGACUCUGCUGUCAUGGUGGUGCAUCACAUCAUCACUCUGGCACUUAUAUGCUUCUCCUAUGCCUUCAGAUACCACAAUAUAGGUAUACUUGUGUUAUUCCUGCAUGAUAUCAAUGACAUUCAACUUGAAUUCACCAAACUCAACGUCUACCUGAAGACCAGAGGCGGUGGCUAUUACCUGUUUAAUGACAUAUUGUCCAACAUGGGCUCUGUCAGCUUCAGCAUCACAUGGUUUUGGUUCCGCCUCUACUGGUUCCCCUUGAAGGUUCUGUACGCUACGUGUGUGUCCAGUCUGCAGUCCGUACCAAACAUUCCUUUCUACUUCUUCUUCAAUGCUUUGCUGCUGGCUCUCCUGCUCAUGAACAUAUACUGGUUCUUGUUUAUCGUGAUCUUUGUUGUCAAAGUCCUAAAGAUGAAGGAAGUGAAUGACGUCAGGGAGUACGAGGAGGAGGACAAGGCGGCGGCAGAGGCACUCAGACACGCUCAGGAUGACAACAGGGACGCGGAUGAUGCUGGACAUCACAACUCUGCCCACGGGAAGCACGUGCAGAACGGGAUCACCAAGGAGAAGCAUCUAUAACAAGCUUUUUGUCGCCCCCACCUGGCAUCAAGCGGCAAAUACAAGACAAGAUGCUCUUUUAGGACCACUCAUGUCGAAAAACGAAUUAAGUUUGACCGCAGUUGUUUUUUUUUUUUUUUUACCCUUUAUUUGUUUUCAUUUUAAACAUGUAAUUAAGAACAUUUUGUUCUCAGCAUUUUAGGGCACUGUGAAUGUUGUUUUUUUUCAGGUAACAUUUUUUGUCUUAUUGUUGCUAACUUUACAUUUGACAGACAGUAGUUGGCCAGUGUUGGGCUGCACAGGAUGUGGAUCUCCACUGAGCAAGUGACCCAAAUGUGUUUGUGUAGAAAUAUAGAGCUGCUUUAUAUUUAGAAAGUGGGAAACAACAGUAUUUGGCACAAGUUGGCUUUUGUAUAAAGUCAUUCUUUGACCUCUCAUUCCAUCUUCUGCAAACUGGGUGAAAUCAGAGGACUAAGAGAAUCACUGCUGUCUUCUGUACUGAUCAUACUGAGCGGCCUGGCUCCGUCCGCUGCUCUCACCACAUUGUAUUGAUUUUCAUAUCACUGCGCACAGUUAGUGGUAAUGGUGGUGCCUCAGUACUGUGUCCUUGACGGAUAUGAACUUAAAACACCACAGUGGUGUGUGUGAACAUGUUUAUGUAAAGGCUGCUGAGUAAAUAAUUAUAGUAAAAUGUUUGAUUUUAGCAUUUAUGAACAACUGUCUUGGGACUUUUCUGUAGUGUAGGAGCCUUUUGUUGGUAAUCUUUCCUCAGUGUAAAUCGCUUAAGCAUCUGAUGCUGCACUGAUAUGAAGGCAUGCAAGCUUAUUGCUGAUUUAAUGACAGCAAAUAGCCUGAUUUGAUUGAUGGUAAUCAUCUUCAUAUUAAUACAGUGUUGACAAUUUUUUAUACUUAAACAUUUUUAAUUUCAUUGGUGAUGGCUAUUUAGUUCAACAAAUACAAGAACAAUAGCCUCAAAUAAUGUAAAAUAUAGUCAUGAUAAAAACCUAUGUAUGCACAAUUUAUGGUAUUCAGGAAUGCAUGAUGGAAUGAUUUUGAAGAUGCUAUGAAGAUAAACAAAUGAUGAAGCCAUUCGCUAUGUAACAGUUACCUUUUAAUGUCCAAACUUAACUUUUAAAAGCUGUUGUAACCACUUAUCACACAGACUGUAAAACAGACCAGUUCAAGCUAAACCUUAAUGUUAUGUGCAGCUCAUGCUGUCAUCUUGUGUGGCUAUUGAAUAUACAGAUACAGUCACUGACUGCUUAUUCUGUGUGUGUCUGUGUGGGUGGGAACACAUGUCUAACCUGUUGAAAUAAGGGAUCUAUUUACUCUUCAUGAUCAAAUUCGAGCUCUUGCUUGAAUGAACAGCAUGCUUGUGCUGCUGGAGCAGGCCACAGAUGCUCUCUGUUGGAGGAGGAGUGACCGUUGGUGUCAGUCUGUCUUCCACAGCCUCCUUCUGCUUUUGCACCAUUUUGACUUUGUGUAGUUCACGUAGUUAAAUUUGUUUUUGCUGCUGUUUUUGUCUCAAAGAGCACUAUUCCAAGCUGUAUCAUGUUUCUUGUUUUUUAUGAAGUAAUCUGUUCACACGAGAUAUCCAGGGACCAUCACUCACAUCUGGAUAUAGUUUCCAAUGUAAAUGCUGGCUCAUAUCACUGUAGUCCAACUACACCACACCAGUACUGUACAAUCCUUUCUGACUUUAUGUGUAAAAUACAAUGCUUUUAUAGCCUGAUGUUCACAAAGGACUCGCACUGUUGUAGCGAGCCCUGCUCUACUGUGAGACUAGAUUUAAUUUGAGCUAAUAUUAUAUGUUUAGAUGGAGACUAGAUGAGCUAGACCUGGAUACAUUUGUUGUAUGGUACUAUGUGUGAAGGCAACAGCUUCAGACUGUCCUUCUCAAGCCGAGGAGAUCAGUAACUCAAAACUAAAACCACUAAUAUCCAAAAGAUAAAAGAACAUAGCUAUCUUUUCAUCCAUACUGCAACACUGGUUGACCUACGUUGUUUUAAGUUGCUGUUUUAACACUUGGUUUGGCCAGUCAGCUGUUUAAUGCAAUUAGUGACUAUUAUCUAGUAUUGCUAUAAAUUAAUUGAUUUUAAAACAAACUUACGUGAAAUAUAAAUUUGCCCCUUUGUAGAGUGAUCAAAAUCAUAAAACUUAGUGCCUCUCAUUUACCCUUGUGUUGUCUGGCUGAAUUGGGUCUCAUACUUUGACCUUAACAGAAAGUAUUUACAUCAAUGCUUUGACUGUGCCAAAAUAUCACCCCAAAAGGCAGAGGCUUGUGAGUGCUGGGUCUGAAUGGAGGGACACUAAGCCCUGUAUUUGUUUAUUAAAUUGCACUGUAAUUUAUUAUUAGUAUUUCUAAUCCUGCAUCAAAACGGGAAGGGAAUUUAAGAGUUUAUAAGACUUAUUGGAAAAUGAAACACAUUCAUUGAACGUAUUUGUUGAGGUAUUUUGAAUAAUUGCGUCCUUUAAUCAACUCAACACAAAUUGCCCCAUUUUGUUAAAAUUGUAUAACAUUAAUACAUUUGUAAGUAUGACAAUGAUUAAAACAUUUUUGUAAUACAAUUUUAACGUCAAAUGUUAAUGUUUUAUUUACCCACACAAUAAAAACAUGCCAGU